ACACAUCUUCUGUUCUGCGGUAAAGAUGGCGGCGUCAGAGGGGGCGCGUAGCGGCCGGACAACGGUGAAACGGCUGUGAAAAGCUCCAUAUCUGACCGUAAAUCCCUCGCUGGGUGCCACUUGUGUCAACUCGGAUAGUAUCUGGACCACCGGGAUCAAGAGAAUCGCUGUCACACGCUGGGGUUGCGGUUUUAUUGUUAAGGCAGGGUGGGUGGGUUUCACUGAUAGCUGCUAACGUUAGCGAUCGGACUCGCUAAACGAGCUAAUACGGGCUAGUUAACGUUAGCUCCUUGAGGAAGAGUGAGGAGGGGAUUGAGGAAGACUAUUCGGGCCAGGCCGCUCCAGCUUGAGGUAAUGUGAGCCAGAGGUGCGCAGAGAGAGGGGUUUGCUCGCAUCGUCCCAGACGUCCUCGCAUCAAACUACCGGGAUGGGACAGCAGGUAGGCCGCGUCGGUGAGGGCACAUCGACCGGACUCCAGCCGCCACAGCCCCACGCGCCCCAACCGCACCAAGGGAAGGGGAACCGGGGGAGCGGCGCCGGGAGGAGACCCCGAGAACCCGGCAGCAGCACCGGGACACCGCCGGGAAGAGCUGCUGCAGUCAACGUGCCCGACCCAGGGAUCAAUAUAUUCGUGCAGCAUUCAGGUAAGAAACAUAGACACAUUAAUAAUAAGACGAGGUGUGUGUGUUUGAGGGUGAAGUGGUCCGCUUUACUUUGAUAUUUGUUUGGUGCUCUUUAGCCGCUAGCUGAGUCUAUGCUAGUUUGACAACGACGCGUUAGCGGAAAUAGCUGUUCCACAAAACCACAGCUUUCCAUGAGUGAUAAAUGAAGAUAAUUUGUCUGUUUGAGUGGAAUCUGAUAGGAUGUUGUCGAGUCAAGAGAUGGAUAUCAGAGUUGCUCAAAUUUGGCACUGUUAUCGCCGUAUAUUGGAGUCAGUGUGCGUGCUGCAUGUGACCCAGUGAUCCCGAAGGAGAGACAGUGUUUUUGUGAGUCUGCCUGGAGGAUCAUGACAAGAAGAACUUAGAAAGUAAGCUUUUCCUCUAAGGCGUCCAUGUGUAUUACUUGCUUUGAUAAACAGUGAUUCGUGCCUCAGGAGGUUGAGCAGCAAUUCCACCCCAUUAACUCACUAUAGCAGCCACCACAGGCUCACAUUACAAUAGCUUGUGCUUUUCACAUGCUCACUUACAUCCUCUGUCUGAUUGUGUCUACUGUUACAACACACUCAGCAAGCUGACUGCAGACUUUGGUCCUGGGGGGAAGUCUGUGUGAAUUAUUUAAGUCACCUUCUUUCAUGACAUGGAUAAAGUCAUGUCAAAAUCAAAGACUAAAGCUCCUCUUGUAUGAUCAUGUGUUAUACCCAUGCGUGAUAAGUGACUUCUUCCGCCAUGUACAUAACAGAUCACAUUAAACAGAGGUGUGGCAGUCUCUCCCAUGUUACUGCCUCGGCGUAAUAGCCAAGCAUUGAUAAUGCUAUCUGCUCCGUGAGUCAUGAAAAAUGACCCAGCAGUAACCUCUCCAUGCCCUAAAUGGCCUGCCUCCAUCCUCCCUUUAAGUAUGGUUUAUGAGUGGCUGACAUGGGCUUCCUACUAAUGGCGAUGACAGGACGCCUACCGGGUGAUGUGUAUAAUGUCAUCACCAUAAUGCGCUCAAUUGUAGAAGGGCUUUAUUAGUUAGAACUAGGGUUUGAUUUGCAUGUAGGCAUGUGCCGAUAUGAAAAAUUUGAUAUCACGAUAUUGGUGGCCCAAAAUAUCACGAUUCACGAUAUUAUCACAAUAUUAGCGGAUUGCUUUUAACGUUAUUAAAAAUGGCAAAAAAAACUGCGAAUUCCCCUCUCUGUGCACAGCAUGACAACAAAACGUCCAUACUGCCAAUGAAACCUUUUUAAUAGGAGUAUACAGUCGAAGCGUUUCGUCAUUCUCAGUCUCUGACUGUUCUUGGUCCGGCUGCAUCGUUACGUUGUUUGGAAGUGAGAACGUAUGCGUCAACUUUUUUUUUCUUCUUCAAACUGUUUCCAGUUCACAGAGUGGACAUGCUCCAACAGUGCUUUGGGUGGCCGCAAUGCAUUGUGGGUUGCCACACAUUUUGUUGUAAAAUUUCUUAAUUUCUCUUUUAAUGUUCCUGUUUUUGUGAGGCUGGCAUUAAUGUACGUGAUUCGAGAGUUUGUUUUGGAUUUGGGACUACUUUUGUGGUGGUUUGUUUGUCCUUUUUGCUACCGAGGCUUUGACACCGUGGGUAAGACUACAAGCGUGUUAGGUUGGUAAGUACUUGCCCUCGCUUGCCUCUGCUGAGUGACGCUGCCACUCGUCUUUAAACUAUAACUGUGGAAUGAUUAUUACAGUACCCUACGAUUUUAUCAUCGCGGCCAUUUAAUAUCUCAUAUCGCGAUUAAAUCGUAUAUCGGCACAUCCCUAUUUGCAUGGCAAUCUCAAAGUCACAACUUAUUUUCCCAGACAUCUCUGUUUGUCUGUGAUCUUGUGCUUCACUUAAUUAUAAAAUUUGUGCACAAACUUUCUUGUAUUUAGUGUCUUUCUGCCUGCAAAUGAUCCUUCUGUCCUCCAGUGGAAGGUCACUGCACAUGUGCUGCACUGAUGUAGAACUACUGGCAUAACUUAGCUUGUUUCCACUGAUGUCCCAGCACUAAUUUUGCUGUGCAAAGACACACAGAAAGUGCAAGCUUGGGUAAUGGAACACAUUUUCAAUUCCUGGCUGCUUCAUCUGAAAAGUAGCCCUCUUCUGCUUGAAGUACAUGUACAGUCAGACAGACCUGCUAAGUGCCCAACCACUCAGCGACUGCAUCAUCCCGUUUUCUCCAGCAUUCAGGCAGGAGUGGCUUUUUUUUUAUAGCAGCCAGGAUGCAGUCACACAGAGCCGCUCCUGAGAGACUGCUACUGCUCUUCAAAGCACACAAUAAUAGAACAAAGAUCCUUAAGUGAGCAAGCUUGGUAGUGUGCACUCAGUCUUAUACUGACUAUCAAAGAGACCCUUUUUUAAGUCAUACAUAAUUGUGAUAAUAAUGCAGCGUCACCCGAUUCUUACCUGUCAUUGUUGUAGAAACUUGAACAGUUUCUGUUUGAGUCACUUAUCACCUUAUAUUUUAUUUAGCUGGUUAUUUCCCUGAUAACCAAUUUAGUGUUUAGUUUGUCAAAUGCUCGUAAAUAAAACCCACUAACUACGUUAAACUACUAACCUCUUGAUCAAAUAGUUACUGCUGGAUGAAACGACAAAAAGCAUCAACUUAAUUUCUGUGAAAUGAUUCGAUAAUUUUAGUUUUAGUUGAACUGAUUCAGCAGUUUUAUUAUAGUUCUGCUGGUUUCACAAUGACAUCAUGUGACAAGGUCUCGUCCAGAGGAAGUCCAGAUAAGAGGAACUUCAUUGAUUCCCAGCAGGGAACUUUAAAGUGGCACAUCAGCAAAAGGAAGUACAAGCUUUCCAUUUAAAGAGAUCAGAGCUCAGCUUGUUAAAGUGGUUUUAAUAAUCCAGUCUCAUAACUGCUUUAUAACUGACUGGCGUGGUCCUGAGGCUAAAUGAUGCCCUCUUGGUAUGUAAUUGAAAAGUGCCAGUCUAUGAGGAAUGUGUUUUUGUCUGUUGAACUCGUGCCUGUGGGUCUCUGCCUGUCUUUUCAGUAAGUAUCAGUGAGCAUCAUCUUUGCACAUGCCCUCACUAAAGUUUCUUUCACUUAGUCAUUUCAGGAGGUCAAAUUAGAGGCUGGAGGACAUCAGUGUAACUGGUAAUAAGUGUCUCUUACCUGAUGUCAUUUCCCUUUAAUUUUUCCUCAUUUAUCAUUCCCUACUACAGCUUUUGGAUGUUUUAUUAUUCAUUUCCCAGUUUAAGUAAGACAGAUCUUAUCCCUUGUGCAGGUCUGCAGUAGUUUUUUUUCACUUCCUCUUUGUUGUUGCCUCUGCCAGGUCAGCUUCAUAAAGUCUAAGUUAAACAGGGACAGACGGAGAGCACCGAGCCUUUAUGCUGAUCCACCAGUUCUCCACGAUCAUGAGUAUUGAAAGAGGUGGAGAAUUGGUGAAUCAGUGGCAGACAUAUAUUGAUGGCUCCACCCCUUAAACCUCGUUAGGAGUUCAGAGAUCUCCAGCAAUGGGCUCAUUUACUUCGCACACCGCAGCAAAAAAAGAGGGAAGACAAUUUGCUGAAACCAUGGCUAUCGUAAGAUUUCACCACAGUGUUUUUUAACCCAUCACACGCUUUACCUUAAGCCUUUCUCAACUGAAACCUUGCAGAUAUCUUGUUCAGUAGGAAAUCUAUCAAUUGACCUGGUUGCAGAGAGCGAGUAACUACACAUCAAAAGGUGUAAAAAUAAACAGUGAGCCAGCUCAUAGAAAUGGGGGCAGAUGAGUGGAUUCAAACCGCGCUUGGCAUCAGUAGUGACAGUGAAUUUAAGCCAGCCGUCAUACCUAAAGUGCAGCACUGUUAAAGCCACCAAGAGGAGAGGAGAGGAGAGAUGCCUGGAUCCAGGAUCUGAGGACCUAAGCUGAUUUGCAUCAUGGGUGAAAUUAGAUUAGAGACAAAUCCACUUUUCUGUGGACUCUAUGUGCUGAAACCCUAACCACGGAGAUAAGUCACACUGCAGCUACUGUGAUAUCUAAAGAAAAUGGACUUCUGGGUGCCCUAGCAGCUAUGAAUGAGAUUUUAAUCAGCUUUAAUAGAUACUAUCCUGGAGUGAAGAUGAUCUGUUGAUAAAAACUACUUAGUUAGUGACUGCUAUUUACCACUAGGAGGAGCCAUGACCACACCUCCUCUGGAUGUAACAGUCUGGAAAUUGGGGCAAAACUGACAAGUCUAGUAGUAUGUGAGUAAAUCUGUUUUGAUGGAUGUGUUAAGAAAGUGCAGUGAUUCAUGCAGAUGAUUUUAACUCAUUAAACAUAGUUUAUGUCUCAGACUGCAGGGAGCAUUGUGCACUCUAAUGGUUGAGUGCUAAAUAAUUAAGAUCUCACUGUGCCUUUGCCCUCUUCACAAGCAUGACCUCCACCUCUACCAGCUGCCAAGCCUCCUUGUCUCUGACCUGAUCUUUGCCUUUAGCCCUGAAGGCUGACCUGCUCAGCCCUGUCUCUUUGAAUCCUGUCUGCUCCAACAAGCCUCAAUCUCAAAUCUAGAAGGUCCUUGAAUUCAUGAUUCCUCUUAGCUGAAUGUGCCACAAUGUCAUCUUUGUCUAAUAGUAAUAGUAAUAUAUUUGGAGAAAUGUUGGGAAUAAUAGUAGAAUGGGAUUUUUCUGAAACUUGAACACAGCUGAGUUUUGUGUUUGUGUUUUGUUGUUGUGACUGCAUGCUUCGACACCAACACUCUUAGUUUCCGUUUUGAGCUUUUGCAUCUGCUAUCAUUCAGCCUUCUGUUCCUGAAACCACAGCCUGGGUUUUUAAUCUCUAGUCUCCCCUCAGUUUCUGUGGCUCAUAUCAUUGAAAACUGAGAAGUUAUCAGAAUGGUUAGUGAUUGGCUGUGUAGAUGAUGAAUUCAUCCCUUUCAUCUGUCAGCUUAAAAACACCAAACGUUUUUUGCUUCAGUAGAGAAAGGUCUUGCCAAAUUGUUGAAGUGGCUUCUGGUCAAAGUCACAGUUUUCACUCUGAAGCCGCGAUGGUGCAGCAGUGAAAAAAACAAAACUGAUAUGAGCUAGGAAAAGGGGGGCAAUUUCUCUGCCAAGCUAGUUAAGCAUGGAUUCGCUUCCAGGAUCAGUCCUUUGCUGCUGGCAUUAUCAUUGCUGCUUAUCUGCUGGGUUCCAGGCUGGAGACUUGGCUUGGAACGUGCUGUUGCGCACACUUACUGUAAACACCCACACAUGCAUGCUCAUACAUACACAUACUCAAACACACACACUAACACACACACACACACCCUCUCUCUCUCCCUCUCCCUCUCUCUCCUCAGUUUCUUUCUUUCCUUGUCACUCUAGUUGUAAUGGUGAGAGAUUAUCUAGUAUGUCACACUCCCUCAGUGUAAUUGGCUGACAAAUGACUGGUCAAUCAGAAAACCAUAAUCCAGGUUCCUUGUGGCACCUCAGCUAUCCCAUCUGAUGUGUGUGAUUAUUCUAAGAGACAACUAAAAGUUAAAAAGUUGAGCCGAUGUUUACAAACCAAAACUGGAGCAUCAACAUCAGACAUACCUGUGAUGGCAUCUAUAUGUAACCUUUUGAGGGUGCACACAUUAGGCAACAGUUGGAAGAGGUGGAUUUUGGCAUGGUUCAGUUGCUUGUGCAUUUGCGGUGAAGCACCUGAUUUUAUUUUUCUUUCACCAGAACGAUACACAUCACAUCGACAUAGCAGUGCAGAGACAACAGCAGAGCAUGAGAGCUGUCAGAUGGUCCAGUUUGCUUUAGAAGAUGCAGAAAGAAGCGUCCCCCUUACUUAAAACAAUUAGAGAGGAGACAGUAUGAAGAUGCCUGCUGUACUGACAGAAGAAGGGUACUCACCUUUUAACACACUCAGAAGUGAAUCAGUACAAAAAGACAUGAUCAGUUGCUAUCACGGUCCCCGACAAGUUGACCAGGAUGAAGUUAAAAGAAUUUACACCACAUUCUUACAGGAGGAAUAGAGAGAACUCCGAUGACUGUGCUGGUUUCUAAUCAAUGGACUUCAAUGUGAAAGAUUCAGUACAAAUGAACACCAUUUCAGGAUAUUCUAGGGUGGGACAUAUGCAUUCUAUAAAAACAAAUAAAAACAUAUAGUAAAAUCAUUACAGAGCUCAAUAACGCUCAACACUGGUACAUGGUUAGAAAUCACAAUCUCUCAGGCCCACACUAUCCUAUGUCACAAAGUCAGUAAAGUUAUGGUCAUGUUCCACUGUUGUCUACUGUACAGUGAUUCUUUUAAGUUGAAGUUGAAUACAUCACACAGUCUAAAAAAUCCAUGUGUAUGUCUAUUUAUAAUGUCGGUAAUCGUGCUCGGUGCAGGCCAGCAGGGGAGAGGGGUUUGGGGGACAAUCAUACCAUGGCAUGCUAUGAGUCGGGUUAUCUCGUCCUGCUGUGAGUGGAGUGCACCGUAAGAGAACAUAUACUGAAUUGUCUUGGGUGACUUUGACAAAGUAUCAUAAUAUAGUUGGUGGAAAUGAAUUGGUUUCGAUUCAGUUUCUACACAAUUUCCACACUGCAUUUGGUUGAUAAGAUUACACUGGUUAUUAUUUUCAAAAUUAAUGUCAAAUUUUGAGGAAAGGUUGUUGCAGUUCAUGAAGGAAAUGUCUGUUUUUCAUUCCAAGUGAUGAAAUUUACCAUACAGCCAACUACAAUGGCAUUGAGGGUCUUGACAACAUGAGGGUCUCCAUAUCAUCAGGCUCUAUUGAAAAGUAUCUUUUCUUUUGACCCUGGUCAGUUCUUUAAACUGAGCUCACGUAAAGCUUCUUAAACAUCGAUCCAGCAGGGUUUAAACACACCAAACAGAUUAACUGUUCCGACACCGAGAUUAGUCCUUUCCUUCUUGUGUAAAUCUCCACUGCAAAGACAGAAGGGGAUCAAGCAGGGUGCAACGGGAACACACCUUGUAAAAGUUUGGGAGGUAGCUGUUUUGAUACACACCUUCGUUAGACAUCGUUCACAUUUGUUACAUAAUACACUGGACAAGAGCGGGCAGAUUUGCUGUCAGGACCCUGGUCUGACUCCAGAUGUAGUCAUGUCAGGUUAAUGUUUUCAAUUCUUUGUACUUUUGUGUACAUUUCUGCUUCGCUAACAUACCAACGGCAUGUUUCACAAGAGCUGAGUGGUAUUUUGUGAACCUAGAUGCUUUGUAUUCUAGAUCAAACCGAGAGAGCAGGAUAACUUCAGGUUACUGUCCGGUUUAGUAUUUACCAUAUGUGUGAAAAUGGCCACUCCAGCAUCAAGCCUUUGUAUACCAUUCAUUCUCUUGCUGUCACAUAAAGGACUACUUAACAUUGUUGCCAGCACAUCUAAAGGGAAGCACUUAGAGCCCAUUAUUAACCCAUAACAAGCCCGGAGAGAGGCAGGGCAGGGUGAGCUAUGGGUUAGAGCUUCAUUCCUCUCCAUUCCGGGAUGAUCCACAGGCCCCUCAGGCCCACACUGGUGUUUGUCCACUCCCGCACUGGUGUAUUUCCAUGUAGGCGGCAGACAUGCAGGCUGUAUGGAUAGAGAACAUUCACAGGUGUUUCCGGCUGCGGCCUGUUUGUGCAUGUUCAAUUACUUACUCAGAGAGGUUUGCAACACCAGGAUGUGUUAAAAGACUGGUCUCAUAGAUGGAGGCAAUUGAAUCUGACAGUGUUGACAUACACGAGUUAAGGCCGCAAGGCAAGUUUUAACAUGGAUGAGGUUACCAAGUGGUAAGUGUAUAAACUCAGUGAGUGUUUGAGAAUAUCUGUGGGAGGGGUUUGCUUGGGAAAAAUGUCCUUGUCCUUGCAAACAGACGACCCCCCCCCCACCCACCCCAUCCCACAUACACACACACACAUACACACAGACGUGCUUGUGAUGUUGCAUUAAUGAGGCUAUUGUUCUUUGUCUGGUCCUCAUGAACAUCAACUGCCUCCGGUCUCUCCUCUCCAGCCUAAGAUUCACGAUUGUUUGUUUCUCAGACAGGCGGCCUUUAAGUACUUUUAGUGAUAUAUGGGGCAAAGUUAUGCCUCUGUACAUUUCAACAAAUACUUAAACAGAAUGGAUGAAUCUUAAAGGUCUUAAAUGUGAAGUGCCUUACUGAAAUCCUUUUAAACCCCCAUUAGACAACUGAGAAAAUUUAAAUGUAUUGUUGUUGUUGUUUUGGUAUUGAUACAUUUUCUUCAUGUAAGAACAGUAUGAAGUGGAUAAAGUGGCUAGGUGGAAUAUUCAGUUGUCUUCCAAUCAGAAGUUGGAUGUGCCAUUCUUGCUUUAGGUGUUGGAGUGUCCUGAAUCAAGACACUGAUUCCCAGAUUGCUUUGAGUGCAUCGCCUGCAGUGAAUGAAUGGGACUGGUUUAACAUGAUGGGCACUUCCUAGGCUUUCUCUACCAUUGGUUUAUGGUUGUGUGAGUGAAUGGAAUCAUGUAGCAUGAAGUGUAAAACAGCUCUGUGGUCAGAAGACAAGAAAAGCACUGUAUCAAGACAGGUCCAUUGUGCUGGACUCUGUUUUCCAACUUAACAUCAAAAUUUCAUCUAAUGUCCACUAGGACUGGGUUGAAAAAAAGGUUUUUAGAUUCAUAUUGAUUUUUUUUUAAUUAAAAUGUUCAAGAUUACUUCAUUUUAUUCAAGAUUGAUCUUUUAUUAGAAGUUUUUUUUAUCGACAAUUCAGCUGAAAGUAUUAUUUCUGCUAUUAGUUCUCUAAGACUCCCUUUCAUCUUCAAGCAAAACUGGUUCUGUUGCUGAAAUAUCCUCGAUUCAGGGAAUCAGUGGUAACACCCACCCAGCCCUAAUUUCUACUUACAUAUGCAUCAGUGAUUGGAUUUGUGUCCUGAUAAAGAAGUUUUCUUGUUUCUUUUGCGACAAUUUCUCCUGUUUAUUUCAUUGAGUGCUUCUUUAACUAGCUCAAAAGUGAGCAAGAGCUACAGAGACCCUAAUAUCACUGUACGUUUACAGUUACUGACUUCGCUAAUUUCUUCCAGGGCAUCAUUGAUAAGUCCCAUGUUAUCAUGUUUAUGAAACCAUUUGAAAACAGUUAGCUAUAUAAGUGUACUUUUGAGUGAAUAUCAGAAGGCCUGUGGUUACUGGUAUUAGAUAACAACCUAAUUAAGAUGUAAUCCUCCCAGAAUUCAGACAUCUUUGUUAAUAUCAAUGACUCUUCAGCUCCUCUGUCUCCUGAGUCCACCACAGGAUCUGACUGGGCUUGUCCUUUUGCCUUAUGUAAUGUCUUGUGUGUAUGGGUCUCAUCCGCAUCAUUGUCUCAGGUUUUUUGUCAGGGCUUCCUGCAGGCAGCCUGCCAUCCACUCCUCACCGCUAGCACCGCUAUGUGCUCUCCAGAGUUAUUUCUGGAUGUCAUGCUGCUAUGUUUUGUUCUCCAACAGCUAAAAAUACACACUUACCUCGCUGGUCACAGGCUUCAGAUAUGAUUUGUAUUGUUUUUGAUAAGGGCGUGUGAGUGUUGUUAUUGUGUUGUUUAAUUCAGUGGCGUGAGGCGGUGGGUGUUUGAGUGAAAGCUUUAUGGGCUGGUGGAGUCACAAACCUCGUACAAACAGCUGCAGGAGAGGCAACCGGGUAGUAGGAUAACCAAGGAGAUAGUGUCACCAUUGAUGUGUGUCUGCAUGUUACAUGUGUGUGUCUUAGGGCCAGGGUCACCUCUGUCCCAGCUGUCUUAUGGGGCAAAGGUUUAGCAUGCCCCUCAGACUCGCACAUACCCUCUCUGCUCUGCUCGACACAAAGCCGUGGUUUCUUCGGAGCGUACAUGUGCUACACUUGACAGCGCACACACACUCGGAGGCACCCGCACGGGCACACGACAUACCCAGAACACACCAACUGCCUCCUCAAUCAAAUCGUUAAGCACAUGAGGUUCGAGUCCAUCCAAGUGGAACAGCAUCUUGCUUUUUUUUUUUUUUUCCUGGCGUACGAAGGAUUAGAAAGCAAUUUAAGAAAUAUGAUCAGCUUAAGGAAACUGGAUCAUGUUUUGAAAACAAUUGGAUGCAAUUAGGACACUGGAGGCUCUGAACACUUCGCUAAUCUGCGUUUGAGCUUCUCUUUGUGUCCAAGUGUUUGUCUGGGGAUGUCUGGGAUUGUGAUUCCUCAAAAUGGGACGUUUGAAAAGGGCAUGAUAACUCCAUUUCAUUAAAAACAUUCCUGAGGAUAGCGCUGCUGGUGGGAUAUGUAGCUGUGUAAGAGGAGUGCUAACAGUUGGCCCAGCCUGGCUGCAGCAGUUGCAGCCAUGCACAUUUACACACAUUGACUCACACACAGAAGAAAAGCGUGGGUCAAUACGACCCCCCCCACCCACCCUCCUACCCUUUCCCCUUGAGGGAACAAGACCAACCAUCUGCUGUUCGCCACAGCGCUGGUCCAGGCCUCACACUACACAUAAACAACACACACAUGCACACACACGUCACAUCCAUCUCAACUUCCCCCCCCAACCCCUUCUCUUCACCACACAGCUUUCUCGCUCCCUCUCGCUGCCACGUUUUGCCAUCUUUUACUGUGCAUUAAACCACGGAGAGAACAUCAGUCAUGGGUGUCUGUGCUCUUCAGAUGGACCUUGGAAAUCUUGACUCCCUGAGGCCACAUCAAAGCUAGCCGGGAGUUCCCAGCAGGAGGCUGCCAGUCGCUACUAUUACUUCAGAGGUUUGCGAGGUCUGAUUCAAGGACGACGUGGGCAAAAACUUUGUCUGGGGGUCUCCAUCUCCCUCAGACUGCUCUACAUUCAGCAUUGGUUCUCACGAGUACAGAGAUGCUUUAGAGACGUUGCGUAUGCUUCCCUUGAUUUUUUUUUUUUUUCCAGGAGAAUGAACAUUUGCGCUUUUCAGUCUCCAUUGCCUGUGUCCACAUAGACACAGUCAGAUCUUAAAACAGCAGUUUAAAGUCAGCACUGCGGAUCAAGGAAGCCACGUUUUUUUUUUUAAUUCUUUUUGUGGGGGAUAUUGGGACCAGUUGGUGACCAGACCAGGAAAGAAAAUGUACUGGGAACUGUGGCUGAGCCAGGUCACAGCUAGUGCGGCGCUGCAGUGUAUGCUAGUCCAGAACAAAGGUGGGAAAACCUUUUAUGCAGAUGUUUAAUGGACAUGAUAUAUCAAACUGAAAUUCGAGCAUAAGAGAUGGAUUUGGAACGUGUUUCUUUGUACAUUGGUCCAGCUUUCAUCUGCACGAGUGACAUGUGCUGGCCACAUGGUGUGAGAAAACAGUGGAAAUGCUUCACUCUUGCUACCUUAGUCUUCGUGUUAUGACAUUUAGACUUAGUCAAAGAGGUGCAGGGUUCUUUCUUGAUGGAAUGUAACCAAUUUAUUUAAUAUUGUCUGGUGAUAAAAUGUUGUCUGGCAGUUUUUUUUCUCAGUAUUCAAGAUAAAAAAAAUCUGAAUCCAUGCGAGAUUGAAAAUCUGAUGCUAAAAAUUGAGCAAAGUCAUCUUUUCAUAACAGGUUAAACGGAUUUCUCUUUAGUUUGGCAUUUUGACAUCACUCCUAAGUGUGUGAGUCUGGUUCUCUGUUUAAUUUCAUGUUUACAUUUUUACAGUAUAAGAUAUAUAAUGAAAUAUGUUGUGUUGUCUGAGAUUAACAGCUUGUUUUCAGAUUUUAAAGACUGUAUCCCAGGAGUGCUGGUGCUAGAGUAUCUGUAAAGUCUGACCUUGUUAGUAAAUAUAAAACAAGUUUGGAAUGAAUUAUAUCAAUGCCUCACUGCUUACUUGGAUUACAACAAAAGAACCAGUGAAUCGUGGUUCAAAGAAUAAAUCAUAUUUAAGUAGUAUGUUUGCUAACUAGUGACUGUCAUCAUAAUCCAAUUUAUAUGAAAAGAAAUAAGGGGUCAGACCUGCCAGUGAACAGAAUAUAGUACAACUGCUAGAAGAGAAAGGAGCUUAUGAAUCAAUUCUCCUGUUAAAUCUCUGCCCAUGUGUGUCGGUGGAAAACUCGUACUUAGCCAGAUUUGAGCUUCAUGAUCUAAAAGCUGCAUAACUGAAUUUUGACCAAAAUAUAAAUCAGUGAGCAAGAUUCAAUGUUACAAUAAAUGUAUAUCUUAGUACAGUGGCUCUCAAGUCCAGUCCUCGAGGCCCACUGUCCUGCAUGUUUUGGAUGUUUCCCUGCUCCAACACACCUGAUUCAAAUGAUCAGCUCGUUAUUGAGCCAUUACAGAGCUUGAUAACGAGCUGAUCAUUUGAAUCAGGUGUGUUGGAGCAGGGAAACAUCCAAAACACUGUCUUAGUAACAUGACUGAGGAAGUUCACCUCUGAUUCACUUUUCUUACAAAUAUGUAGAUGUAUCAUCUUUGAUUAUUGUCUCCAUAUUGUUUUUAUAUUACUUUUUUCACUGUAGUUUUAAAUACAAAUACGACUCGACACAAUGCAAUCCUAAACAGUCAGAUGAUAGAGUGAGAGAGUUGUUAGACUGCAGCUGGUGGUCCGUGUCGACACAGAAGAUAAUUAAAUCCUUCUGUAUGCUGUGAAGUUUGUUGCGCUUCAGGUUCCCUUGUCACUUUUUGAGCCUGCUCUCACUUUAUUUUGAAGUAAAAAGACACACGUUCUGUAACAAAAGCUCGAAUGAAUUCCUCUCUGUAAAAAGUUGUCUGUAUCACAGCUCCCUAUCUCCAUUCCCUCUGUUUCACCACCCUGCUCUCCCACCCGCUCAGCAGCUGUUCAGACAUGCAGGGACUUUGGCAGCAGCUGUUGACUGUAGCGCAUGUUAGCUACGCAUGUACUUGUUCAUCAUUGUGUGUCCGUGGGUGUGUUGUGUAGCUAUGGUAAUCACUUGCGAACUAUGUAAAGAGAGAGAAUCUCGCUGUUCUCAGUGAAUGUUGCUCCUCCCCCUUUCUCUUUGUAUAUACACUGAGACAAAAACACACCCACCUCAGAUCUCACCUGAUUCAGGCUAGACACAGCAGGCCUCUGUAUGAAGUGGUAACAGUUCUCUUCAGCGAGUGGUUUGGUUAAAGUAAUGCUUUUGAGGUGCCUGCAGGCAAACAGCAGUUUUGAGGAAGAGUGGGCGGCUUUGAGCGGCCAUCAUCUCCAAACGGGGCUAAGUCAGGGGAAACCGCCUGGACAGAAAGGUAGACCAUCUGCCAAACGGACGCUCGGGAUUAUGGGGAAUUUAAUCCCACUUUUUGGCUCCGGGACAUCAUCAGUCUUACCCUCUGCUACCCACACAAAAUUCCUCUCUCAGUCUAAUGCUUUUCUUCUCUCCCUUUCUCCUUUUCCCCUUCAUGUCCUUUCAGAAGCUCUCCACCGGCCGUUCGGCCUGGACUCUGCUGCGCUGACGGAGGCGGUGCGCUGGAGCUCCAAAGAAAACCUACUAGGGGCAGCCGAGAGCGACCCAAACCUCUUUGUUGCACUUUAUGACUUCGUCGCCAGUGGAGACAACACGCUCAGCAUCACCAAAGGUACCUUGUUUAUUGUGUUUUUGAAUAUCUCUGAUUCACUGUCAGUUAAUCCAACAGCUGAUUAACAAAUGAUUGGCGUAAUUAUGCUUUUAUUUCUCAUCAUUUGGUGGACAAAGACUUGUAAAACUUGUUCCCCAGUCCACUCAUCACUCAAGGUUGUUGCUAAGCUACGUAAUCAUACUCCUGUUUCAAUUAGUCAUUGAUCCUCCACCCCUCCGGAUGGAAAACGGUUGACAUUUGUUGCGUCAGAGCAGAGGGAUUUCCUUACGUACUGGGGCGACUCAUUGAUGUCAUCCUUGUGGGCAUGACAAGUGAUUGGCAGGUCAGCUUCUCUGGGGAAGAGUGUUUUAUGAGUAAAAGUGCGGUUAUGCUAUAGGAAUGCGGUGUGUCAACAGAGCUGCUACUACAAGUUUACCCUGUUAUGACAUCAUCAGGUAUCGAAGCCCCAGCCUUUGUCACCCACCCUCCCACACCUCAAAUUCCUUAGAAACAUUAUGCUUAAUGUUUCACAUCAUUUGGAGCCAAGAAAUUCUAUUCUUGAUUAUCGUCCUGUCCAGAUGUGGGACAUAAUGUUAAGGCUUUCAGACAGAGAUGAACUGAUCAAUUUUUUUUCCGAUACUGAUACCUGGGCUGAGGGUAUCGGCUGAUAUCCGAUACUGAUCCAAUACUGCUGUUGAAUGAGUGAACUGUAUACCUUGCCCUGUGACUGAAGGCAUCAGGCUUAACAAAAAACGGUAACAAAUGAACACAGAUAUAAAUUCAUUUAAUAUUAUUUAUUAACAGAUAACAAAUCUGCAUAUUAGCACAGAGCAAAAAGAAGUAAGAAUUCCAUGUAAACAUUCAGUGCAAACGGAUAGACAGACAUAGAAUAUAAUAAUAAUAAUAAUAAUAAUAAUAUCUUACAUUUAUAUAGAGCCAACAGAAUCACUGUGUUGCUGUGUAUGAUAUUAAUUCAAAGAAGAAUGGAUUGGCAUCAUUCAUCAGAUAUCCAAUCCAGUUAAUUUGUCAACAUUGGAGCUGAUAUCCGGAUCGGUGCAUCCCUACUUUCAGAACGGUAUUCCCCUAAAAAUGUGCCAUAGUGUGUUACUGAUCCUUCUUUAAAGCUUCCACUGUACAGCGCAGGAUGGAAAUGCUGCUUAGACCCUGACUCAUACACUGAAUCUAGGAUUUCUGCCCACAUGUAUGCAAGCACAUGUGCACUCCCAUGCUCCGUGCUCUUUCCUUACUCUUCGCUACAGCACAUGGAGCCACCGCAGCAUGCCUGAAACCCUGCAGUAAUAUGGAAUAUGUUCAACUGUAACAAUAACAGGUGGAUGCCAACAGCAGGCAGAGGCUGAGCACAGAGAGGGGCUCAGCGGGGUGUGUCCAGAGCUGAGAACUGCCUCCAUACUUUGCCAGACCACGCCAGAGUCUUACUAAAAACUCAAACGACUCAGCCGACUGUUUCUUAUCUGUUAAAACUUAAACUGAGGAGACAGACUGAGUGGUUGGUGUCUUUGUGGGAAUAACCAUCACUUCUUCGUGUCACCCUGUUCAUGUUAGCUUUGAGUGUUAGAUUUUUAAAAGCCUGGAUACAUGUUAGAAGCCUUUUUUUUUACCUUCACUUACUGUUGGUGCUAUUUUGUUGAAGACAUUAUUAUGACCAAUCAUGGAAACAAACAGCAGUAAACAUAUUGAACUGCGGUUCUGUGUGGAAGCUGCUGUCACUUCAUUCAUCUGUUUAAGACUGUGACACAGCUUGAGCCUGAGCUGAAAAAUUGAUCCUAGGUCAAUAUGGCGCUGCAGUGAUCAGCCAAAUACAUGCAGCCACACGUUGCUGUUGGAUUGCUUUGUAAUUCCAACCAUGGGUUUCCAUCGAAUACUUACCACUGUGAUAGCUAAAAUCCCGUCUGAGUAUUAUAAACCACUUGGAGUCCCAUAAGCCUUUAAUCACGUUAAUAUGUUACUAAACCUGGAUCAAAUUGAAAUGUCUCAGCAGCAUCUAAAGCUAAACGCCUUUACAGUCAAAGCCUCUUUUCUUUACUUAACAUGAGGCAGCGAUUCAGCCUGAAUGGUAAAACUCCCAUGUAGUUGUCAUACAUGCUAAAAUACUCGAGGAUUUAAGACUUUUGGGAGGAGAAAAACGUGUGAAGACAGAAAGAAGAAAUGGAGGUGCAGGGGCAGGUCUUUCUCUCGAGCUUUUCUGUCCUCCGCCCUCCAUCCAUCCAUUUAUCUAGCUGGCCUGAUAUCUGCUUCAUUCACCGUCUUCUUCAGCACACCCGCGUCUUUGCCUGUUCAUGUCUCCUGACCUGACGUCACACAGAGAGAGCGGACCAAGUCUCUACUUGCCUCGCUCUGCCUAGCCCUCUAUGACAGAUAUGCAGUUCCAGCUCUAUCAUUGUUCCUCUGCUUUUGAUUCAGUUUCACCACAUGACCAGUUUCUCCCAUUUACGACCUCUUAUUAAGGCAUUAUGAUUGAAGAUGUGACAUAAUGAGAAACUUGAUUCUAGCUUCUGUCUUUUUGAGGAUUUUGAAAUCAGGACAAAUCAAAUCCUCUUGCAGUAAUCUUUUGUUCAUUUCUAAGAAAAAAAAAAAAAUUUAAUUCUGAUCCCUCUUUCAGGUGUUAAAAUCACUUAAAUCACUGGAUCAGUUCUCACAGGUUGCUCUUCCUCUGUCCAGGUGAGAAGCUGCGUGUUCUAGGCUACAACCAGAAUGGAGAAUGGAGUGAAGUGCGCUCUAAGAACGGUCAGGGUUGGGUGCCCUCCAACUACAUCACACCAGUCAACAGUCUGGAGAAACACAGCUGGUACCACGGGCCUGUGUCACGCAGUGCCGCAGAGUACCUGCUCUCAUCCCUUAUCAAUGGCAGUUUUCUGGUCCGGGAAAGCGAGAGCAGCCCCGGGCAGCUUUCAAUCUCUCUGCGCUACGAGGGCAGGGUCUACCACUAUCGGAUCAACACAGCCUCUGAUGGAAAGGUAGAGGGAAAUGAGACUUUUAGAGAGACACCAUUUUCUUUCGUUGGUGUUUUAACCCACUCAUGAUUUCUAAACUCCCUCCUCCCCCGUAGGUGUAUGUGACAUCUGAAAGCCGCUUUGCCACCUUAGCUGAGCUCGUCCACCACCACUCAACCGUAGCAGAUGGCCUGGUCACCACCCUGCACUACCCUGCACCCAAAUGUAACAAACCCACAGUGUAUGGCGUGUCACCUAUUCAUGACAAGUGGGAGAUGGAGCGCACAGACAUCACUAUGAAGCACAAACUGGGAGGAGGCCAGUAUGGGGAGGUGUACGUGGGAGUGUGGAAAAAAUACAACCUCACUGUGGCUGUGAAAACAUUAAAGGUAAGAAGACCGGCUUUGGGAUGUUUGAUUUCACAAACUGAAUUGUGCAAAAAGGAUUUUAUGAUCUUGAUGAUUCAGUCAGCAGCACCAGUGUUUCUGUAGAGUGGCGGCAUGCGCAGAAUGAUGGUUAUAGAUUGCCCCCUGCUGGUGGAAUAUAGCCAUUACAUCUGAUUAUCACUUCUGAUGCAGAGUGCAUUCAAUACAUAGAUGAAAUUCCUCUGUCAGUCAUUUUUAAAUCCCUCUUUUUUUCCUGCAGGAGGACACUAUGGAAGUUGAAGAGUUUUUGAAAGAGGCUGCAGUCAUGAAGGAGGUGAAACACCCAAACCUCGUUCAGCUGCUAGGUUGGUAUUUACACACACCACUGAUUUAAACCAGUUUCAAUACAAUAUUUUUUUCAGUACUAAACAAUCCCUUUAGUUAGCUUUGAUUGACACAAUAACUGACAAAAAAGUCUCACCAAUAACCAUUCAUUUCUGCUCUCAUAGGUGUUUGUACGCUGGAGCCACCAUUCUACAUCGUGACAGAGUACAUGCCGCAUGGCAACCUGCUGGACUACUUGAGAGAUUGUGACAAGGAGGAGGUGAACGCUGUUGUGCUGCUGUACAUGGCCACACAGAUCUCCUCCGCCAUGGAAUACCUGGAAAAGAAGAACUUCAUACACAGGUAAGGGAAUAUAAACAAGGUGUACAGGAAUACAGGGUCAUACAUGAACGCACAGAGAAGUCUAAUUUGUCCCACUGUGUUUCCUUUUCCGUCUCUCAGAGAUCUCGCGGCGAGGAACUGUCUGGUUGGGGAAAAUCAUGUUGUGAAAGUUGCUGACUUUGGCCUGAGCAGGUUGAUGACUGGUGACACCUAUACUGCCCAUGCUGGGGCCAAAUUCCCUAUUAAAUGGACUGCACCAGAGAGCCUGGCAUAUAACACCUUCUCUAUUAAAUCUGAUGUCUGGGGUAAGACAAAAACAAACAUUUAUUGUGUUCAUUUUUCUCUUGUAAGUUAUUUCUGUGAUGCUAAUGUCUGAUCCUUUAAAAAUGUCUUUGUCACAGCGUUCGGGGUGCUGCUGUGGGAAAUUGCCACAUAUGGUAUGUCUCCAUAUCCUGGCAUUGAUCUGUCUCAGGUCUAUGACCUCUUGGAGAAAGGGUACCGCAUGGAACAGCCUGAGGGAUGCCCACCAAAAGUCUAUGAACUCAUGAGAGCAUGUGAGUAACAUGUUUUUUCUUGUUUAUAAAGUGGAUUCAGUUCAACAGCAAGAGAAAGAGAAGACAGAGUUUCUUUAUUAUGCCUUUUUUUUAUCCCCUUCAUACUGUCUUAGAAAUUUCCAUCAUGUUAUUAAAACAAAAGAUAUGGAAUUACAGGGUUCAUAAGGAUUUAUUUUACUAAUGAUGAUAUGAUGACUUCCAUGUGGUAACAGCCCCCUUUGACUGUCUCUCUUCCAGGCUGGCAGUGGAGUCCACUAGACCGUCCUUCAUUUGCAGAGAUCCACCAAGCCUUUGAAACGAUGUUCCACGACUCCAGCAUCUCCGAAGGUAUUGCAGCAUGGAUUUUUUCACAGCUGUCUUAGAGAUUGGCUCUUAUUCUUUUUAUAGUAUAGCAAGAACACUCUCUCCAUCUAUGUGAUGUCCCUGCAGAAACAAUGCAUAUCAAAUAUUGUCAGUAAAGUAGAAAAAGGAUUUAUUAUUAGAAUGUAGCUUUGCUUGAAUUUUGAUCAUGACGACCUUCUAAUUGAGUUUUUCCUUUUUUUGUGUGUGUAGAGGUGGCAGAAGAGCUCUGUAAGACAGCCUCCACUGGUCACUGUGGACCUCUGCACUCUUUCAGCCACGACAUGCCCCUGUUGCCUUCAAAAUCUCGCACACUCCACAAGCACACAGAAAACAAGGAAAACAUCGAGGGUGGACUUGACGGACGGUCCGACCACAGCACGCACAGUCACUCAGGUACAGCCCGACAUGCCUACCUUGCUGCCAACCAGUCAAAUGCACCACAUUAUAAUUCUGCAGGUAUACGGGAGGUCAGCGAUGCACAGAGCACAUUGCAGCGCCGUAGAGCCCGCCGCCUGAGAAGAAGAGCCGUCAUUUUCCUUCCCAACUGACCACUUCUGCAGGAACCCGACUGACAUCAUCCGGUGUUGUGUCUAGCCCAGGCGUCUUUUAGUCCUGAAGUAUCAUUAAGUUCCCCAUGUGCAUAUCAUUCAAAGAUUUGGGUAUUUCUGUCAAAACAUAAAAGAAAUUAUCGAUGUCAGACCAGAAUAUAUGUAUACUAUAUCAAUAUUUAUAAACAUGUAGUAGCCUAACCACUAGUCCUUGUUAAAUCCACAUGUUCAUCUCUUUUUUUGUCCUAUAUCUUGCAUUAUUAUUGUCAUUUCCCCGUCAGUACUUAAUUAGACUUAUGUUUAACCCAACCCUGCAAUUAAAUUUCCAACAAUGUUAUGUGUUGUUUGUCUUUUUUGUUUGUUGUUGACUAUUUAUUGGUUUAUUUAAAGAAUAAAAAUCUGUCUUGUUUGUUUUUCUGUUCUUUUAAGUCCUUGUCGUGUCCUCUGUUUGUCUUUUUCCGCCGCUGUGUCCAAUUUCUUUUCUUUUUUGUUUGUGUCUUUGAACUUCAGUUAUUUUCAAUCAUGCAUACAUUACUCAUAACCCAAAAAAAGAUGUGAUAUUUAUAAACACAAUGUUGCACAAUGUCAUAAAGCACAAAACUCAAGUGAAAGAUCAAAGGGAGUCUAUCUGAUGCCAUAAACCAAAGUCCUGACCUUCUUGCUUUAUAUGAAUGAGUAAUAUCUGAAAUUUGGGUUGUGUGUGUGUGUAUAAAUAUGCAAGCAUGCAAAAAAAAAAAAAGGUGCACUUUUCUCUUGAUUUGCUGGCCAGCACAAAAAUAAAGACAUAUUUCCUGUAUGAGUAACAGCUCCCCUCAUGACAGGGGUUGGGCAGUAUCUGAUCAGCAUGUUUGAACAAGUCCUGGAAGUGCAUUCAUCACCACUGUCUUUUACAAGAGAAAUUUAUGACUUGUUGAAUCAGUGCAUGUAUAUGUCUGACUGGCAUGUCUUAAAACUUGUUCCUUUUUUUCUAAAAUGCUUUUUCAUUAUUCAGAAGGUUUCUCAGGGGAGUAGAGAAAAGCUUUAAGAGAGAGAGGAGGAAGAGUCUAUCUCAUCCCUGCAGCAUGGGAUUGAUUAGAAUGAGUGACAUAAAUGUAUAGGCAAACUGAGAGCAGUGAUCUGAUGGUAACCUGUUCCUCAUGAGAUAUUAACCAGCCUUUUUACAAAGAUGUCUGUUUCUUUUGCUUCUUGUUGUGCUCCAUGGAUUUACAAAUCCUCUCUUCUUUUUCCAGGCUGGGCUUCUUCAUUGUUAGGCGGGGAGGGUCGAUCAGGCAGCUCCCCAGCCUUGCCCAGAAAACAGCAGCCACGAGAUAAGUCCUCUGUGGGCCUUCUAGAAGAUGCACAGGAUAUGGGCACAUUUACGAGAGACCGUAAGACUGGCUUCUUUAGCUCUUUCAUAAAGAAGAAAUCGUCCUCCUCCUCAUCUUCCUCUUCCUCACCAUCCUCUCAACUCCAACAAAACCUCCCGACACCCCCAAAGAGGAGCAGUUCAUUUCGAGAGAUGGAAACGCAGCCUCAUAAAAAAUACGAGCCUACUGCUGAUUUCAGCGCCCCUCCACCCUUACCCCAGUCGGACAGUCUUGGUGGUUUUUCUGCCUCUCCUUCUCACUCUCAUGGGGAACCCGCCCAGGGUCAGUCACGCUGCUGUGGGGCUGCUUUUGGACAGAAACCCUCUAGUGGGGGACUUGGUUCGCAGGUGUCCAGCGGCAGCAGUUGGAGUGGGCUGGCUGGAUUUUUCACACCUAGACUUAUCAAAAAGACCCUGGGGCUACGGACAGGAAAGACAGCCUCCUCAGAGGAGGGUGGAAGUAUAUCUGGAGGGCCAAAACCCUUUCCUAGGUCCAACUCUACCUCCUCUAUGUCGGCCGGGCUGCCAGACCUGGAGCGAAUGGCUCUGACUUUACCCAGAAAUCGCAGCGCUAAACCCCCUCUGGAGAGGACUGCCUCUACAACAUCCCAGCCAGAGAACGGGGCUGCACGGCCCUCAGAAACUCUGCUGCGGAGGAUGGACGAGGGCACUGCACAGAUCAGGGAAAGGCCCAAAGCCAAGCUGCUACCCAGGGGAACUGCUGCAGGAGUGAGGGUGCCAGGGGUUGGGGGGGAGGUGGGGGAAUCAGACAGUCUUUCUCGGUUGAGGGAGGGCAGAGAGGAGAGCCAGGGAGGUCUGGACAGGCAGCAAAGUUGGCCAUCCCCCUCUAAGACUCCUAGUUCCAGUGCUUCAUCAGCUGGUGCACCAACUCACAACCACAAAGUCCCAGUCUUGAUCUCUCCCACUCUGAAGCACAGCCCAGCUGAUGUGCACCUUGUCGGGUUAGACUCUCAGGGGAAUCGCUUCAAACUGCUGUCCGAGCACCAAGCAGAACGGGACAGGCCGCGGCUCGUGAAACCUAAAUGCGCACCUCCUCCCCCUCCCACCCUGCGCAGCCUGCAACACUCAUACAGCGGCGAUGGCGAGGAGCAGGUAGUAGGAGCACCUGUGGAAGUAAAUGGAGACACAUUGAAAGGUCACAGGUCAGGGCGGACGACAGGGGGGGUGACGACGGGAAGACCAUCAGUGCCACCACCACAAGUGCCUCCCGCAUCCUCCUCCUUCUUACCCACGUCCUGCUCUGCUACAACAAACACAACUCCCACAAAAAUGGCCAAUGGAGCCACCACCACUGCCUCUUCCACACACACAGCGGGCUCCAAAGUGGCUCUGCGAAGGACCAGACAGCAGGCGGAGCGCGUGCCCCUGGAGCGGGUCAGCCGCGAGGCCCUACUGGAGUGUGCCGAGUGCCUGAGCAGCGUGCUACACGCAAGCUCAGAAAGCCCCGCCAGCAGCCAGGUGCUGGACGCCGGCCAUCAGCUGCUCGACUACUGCUCAGGUUACGUGGACUGCAUUCCUCAGAUGAGGAACAAAUUUGCCUUCCGAGAGGCGGUGGGGAAGCUGGAGCUCAGCCUUCAGGAAUUGAGGGCCUCGUCGUCUGGAGGCGGAGGGCUGAGCAGCAUGGGGUCCAACACUGUACUGGACAACCUGCACAGCUGUAUAAAAGAGAUUAGCGACGUAGUGCAGAGGUAGCCACUGUGACGCCAACUGUCACCUUCAACUACCCAACAGAUUGCUUUGGUUCCUUUUGUAUGUUUCCAGUUUUAUCAACAGAUUUUGGGGGAUGAAAUGAGAAGAAUCUCUUCCGUACCUCAGAGAAAUCACUACAAAAUGUAAUCUUUUCAUUGUUUACAGACAACCGUUUCAUAAAACGCCAGUGUGGACACUAAUUUUGCUCUGAUCUGUACAUAUUGAGAAAUGUUUAUUACCAAAUGUGGUUCUAUCGUCACCAUGAAAUGUUAAGACCCGCGUCUCUACCUGGCAAUGUGGAAGGCCUCUUUGUUAAAUUAAUGUCGAAUGUGUCAGCUUUGCGUAGCCAGUUCUGAGGGUUUAUAAAGUCGGAGCUCAUUUUGCUCAUCUGUCAGUCCGUCACAUAUCGAGGGAGGAACAUGCUAGCUAAUCCCAGAUUAUACUGAGAAAGAAUGCUUCACUGUUUUGACUGAAGCCUGGGCAGUGUUUCACAAGUGAGUGAUUUAUCAGGUCGAGGUAUUCAGAUCAAUGUCUAAGGAACUGAGCGACCAUAAGCCAUUUUUAAGCCAUUCAGCGUGGAGAUGAGUGAAAAUAACAUUGGUAUUAGGAUUCAGUAUGAUUCAAGGUUAUGGGGUCUCAACACUUUUUAAUUUUUGUGCAGAUGUUGUUUUUUCAUUCAGUAGAUUGUAACUUACAGUAUUUUUAGGCACAAGCUUAUAAAUUCAGCCAAACCUGCUUGUGUUGCGACAGAUUUAAGCCUCGUUUUUAAGAGUAACCUUUAGAGACUAAACAACUCUUCAGACACUGACAUUCCCAUGUCCACACAAGGUGAGACUGUUAAGAAGAGAACUAAUAAUGGGAUCAUUUACAUCAUUGAAAGUUGUGUAUGUUUAAAGCAUGUAAAUAUGAUCAAAUGAAAUGUUGACUCACAGUAAAACCAAAUACAGGCUAAUCAUUUUAAAAAGAUCAACAUAAUCUAUUUUGGUUUUUCCCACAUAGCUAAAGAACAGAAAUUGAAUGUGGGCUAUCUUAUCAUAUGCACAGCAUUUGUCUUAGCUACAGUGACAUAUUUGAUGUUCACAACCUGUCACAGUGCCACACAAAGGGGGGUGGGGGGACCCUAGUACCCCAGCCCCCUAAAGCAUUUCAAUAUUGGUGUCCAGUUGUCCUUGCACACUACAUUUCUUCCUUGUAUCAUGGAGUAUAAAAGAGCGAGGGGUGGGGGAGAGCACAGGGUAGCACAUGAGCAGGUGAACUGGGACAGUAUUUCUAUAAGUGUCCUUCUGAGUAUGGACAGUGCUGGAUUCCCUUUAGCCUUGUCAUGGCCUCAGUGCCUCAAAUACUUUAAUGUAUGAACUCUGCGUAAUGCAGAGACUUACUUUACAUGAAUCACACAGUACUGAUCUCUCAACAAACUGCAGUAUGUCUUCAGCACAUGAGCAAUUUGUACAUAAUUUGAUUCAAAGAAAAAAUGCUUUUUUAUAAUGUCUAUGUAUGAACUUGAAUUUUAAAUUAUUCCUGUUUUUUUAUUAAAAGCACAGACCUAUUUUGAGAGAAAGUUAUGUAAAUAUUUGAUUUAUUUCAUAUACAGGAAACAAACGAUUUAUGUGUGCUUUCAACAUAAAGAACAUUGUUUUUGACUGAAGAGAUGUAUUGCAAGACUGAGGCUCAUCCAACCAGAUCUGAAUAUCUGCUUUAUGAAUGUAUUAUUCUUCCGUUCUGUAUCGGUCGAAUGUUCAUCUGCAUGACUCGUUGAUAUCUUAUGGUGCCAUUAAUUUUAUUUUUUUAUUUAUUAGAAUAUUUUAUUGGCCCAAACUUUUUUAAUUUUGGUCACGUCAAUAUUUCAGUCUAGAACAGCUGCUCUGUUUUUUGAGCACCAGUAAACUGUGUACAGAGACACAUAUCACAGAUGAGAGGAUUUUCUUCACUUUGGCUCACACCUUUAUGUACACUGGAUAAGGCCUCAGACACAUCACUUCCUUUAAACAUGUAAUGACACUCAAUGUAAUCUGUAAACACUGCAGGUCCAUAACACUUUCAAAAUGCCUGUUAAUGACACUUGAUUGAUUACCAAGUAAACUUGUUUCCUUGUGAAUUUCAUGUCAUUAUAAGUUAUUGUGUGUCAAUAUAAAUGUCCAGUUUCUUGCCAAACAGUAACCUUUCAGAUUAAUUGACGACUAAUUUUAUUCACUGUGAGUUUCGAGUAACACAGACUGAAAAAUGCCAUCAUGCUUUUUGUGAUUCUUGGUGCCUUUUUGUGAAGAAAUCAUUUAUGUACAGAACACUUUCAUCCCAAAAAUUCACAGCUAUGGCAAAAUCUAUCAUAAUUGUUUUCUCAUUUCUCCAUGACAUCUUGAUAAGGGAGUCACUACAGCAUACAUUUCUUUGAUUUGGAUGUUGAAGGUCAGAUGCAAACUUGAAACCAAAAGGUGCACUUUGUCUAUUAUGAAUCUUACUUUAGAAACAAAGGCCAUACGUUAAAGGCCACAACACUGUUAGUUUAGCCACACCUGGUUAGAUGUCUUCUGUAACACGUCUUCUGUAACACGUCUUCUGCACUAAACACAAGCUGCUCUGUUGUCUCUCUUUUUUUUUUUUUUAACUUGCAAGGACGCCUCUCUAAAAUAAAUAUCAUAAAAAAUACCUAGCACCAGUCUGGCCUCUUUUCCUGGUAGGUUUCAGUUGCUUUGUCCUGCCACUCCCUGCAGCAGGUGUUCUAAAAAGCCUUAUCAGCGUGAAAGAAAAAGUGUCACCUCACAGAAUCAAACACAUUUCCAGUCCUGACUUUUCAAAAUAAAGUUGUAGACUUUAAAUAAUUUGAUAGCAAUGUUUUCCCACAUAUUCUCCCAUAUCAAUAUUUAUCCUGACCACAAAUUUCUGCUCAUUCUCAGUCUUCUACAUCAUCUGUCUUUAUGUUGCGUGCAUCUAUUCUGUAUAUCAGUUAAAUUUUUCCUCCAGUCUCCCUGUUUAGGAGAACAGCUCUGAAGAACUGUGUGUACACAUCAUUAUACCAAAGGCCACUUCUUCAGUUGUAUGAGUGCAAUGUAAACCAACGCAUACAGCAAUGAAAUAUGUGAAUCUAAACAGGGCAAAGAUGUUAACAUUAUCUUUUUUUAUUGUACAAAACAUAUAUUUUGUGUUGUUUCAGGUUUUUUUUAUUUAAAGUUCACGUUAUAUUACUGUGAAGUUUUGCUUAUCAGUGUUAAGCCUAUUGUAAAUAAUAAAGAUAUUGAUGAGUA